GGCUCGGCCGCACGUGCACCUCGGAGCUGCUGCGCCCGCGACAGAUCGAGGGCUCCGGGCGCCGCGUCUCCAGGCCCCGGGGACCGCCAGGGAGGGCGGGAGAGCGCGCCCGGCCCGCCGCCCGCUCCCUCCGCUCGCCUCCGCUCCAUGGCUCCGCGGCCGCCGCCCUCGCCGCCCUCCCGCCCGGAGCGGCCCCGGCACCGCGGGGACGAGUCCUCGGUCACGGACUAGACGGCACCGCCGCCGCCUCGCCGCCCGGUCCGCCCCCCGCGGAAAGCGACGCGCGGGAGACGCAGCGAGAAAGGAAGAGCGAGCGGCCGCGCGCAGGCAGGGCCCGGCUCCGCCGCACAGCCCAGCCCCGCGGAGGCUGCGCCCGGCCGGGCGGGAGGAGCGGGCGCCCCGGGCCGGCCCCGCGCACCUGCCCGCGGCCGGCGCCCCGGACCCACCUGGACCUUCCGGUCGCCGCCGCGGCAGCCGGAGCGGGACCGCGCGGCCUGGGCACGGCCGGGGCUAAUAUGCCCGGAGCCGAGGCGCGAUGAAGGAGAAGUCCAAGAAUGCGGCCAAGACCAGGAGGGAGAAGGAGAAUGGCGAGUUCUACGAGCUGGCCAAGCUGCUCCCGCUGCCGUCGGCCAUCACCUCGCAGCUGGACAAGGCGUCCAUCAUCCGGCUCACCACCAGCUACCUGAAGAUGCGCGCCGUCUUCCCCGAAGGUCUAGGAGACGCGUGGGGACAGCCCAGCCGCGCGGGGCCCCUGGACAGCGUCGCCAAGGAGCUGGGGUCGCACUUGCUGCAGACCUUGGACGGCUUUGUGUUUGUGGUGGCAUCCGAUGGCAAAAUCAUGUACAUAUCAGAAACAGCCUCCGUCCAUCUGGGCCUGUCCCAGGUGGAGCUCACCGGCAACAGCAUCUAUGAGUACAUCCACCCGUCCGACCACGACGAGAUGACGGCCGUGCUGGCGGCCCACCAGCCCCUUCACCAUCACCUGCUCCAAGAGUACGAGAUAGAGCGGUCCUUCUUCCUUCGCAUGAAGUGCGUCCUGGCGAAGAGGAACGCGGGGCUGACGUGCAGCGGAUACAAGGUCAUCCACUGCAGCGGCUACUUGAAGAUCAGGCAGUACAUGCUGGACAUGUCCCUGUACGAGUCCUGCUACCAGGUCGUGGGGCUGGUGGCCGUGGGCCAGUCGCUGCCGCCCAGCGCCGUCACCGAGGUCAAGCUGCACAGCAACAUGUUCAUGUUCCGGGCCAGCCUCGACCUGAAGCUCAUCUUCCUGGACUCCAGGGUGACCGAGCUGACGGGGUACGAGCCGCAGGACCUGAUCGAGAAGACCCUGUACCACCACGUGCACGGCUGCGACGCCUUCCACCUCCGCUACGCGCACCACCUCCUGCUGGUGAAGGGCCAGGUCACCACCAAGUACUACCGGCUGCUCUCCAAGCUGGGCGGCUGGGUGUGGGUGCAGAGCUACGCCACCGUCGUGCACAACAGCCGCUCGUCCCGGCCCCACUGCAUCGUGAGUGUCAAUUAUGUCCUCACGGACAUGGAGUACAAGGAGCUGCAGCUGUCCCUGGACCAGGUGUCCACGGCCAAGUCCCAGGACUCCUGGAGGACCGCCCUGUCUACCUCACAAGAAGCUAGGAAGUUAGCCAAACCCAAAACCACGAAGAUGAAGACGAAGCUGAGAACAAACCCUUACCCCCCGCAGCAGUUCAGCCCGUUCCCGAUGGACAGACUGGAAUGCGGCCAGCUGGCAAACUGGAGGGCCAGCCCCCCCACGGACGCCACGGCCCCCCCGGAACAGCAGCUGCACCCCGAAGGCGGCGACCUCCUGUACACCCCGCCCUACAGCCUGCCCUUCUCCUACCGCUACGGACACUGCCCCCUGGACCCCCACGUCUUCAGCAGCAAAAAGCCCGUGCUGCCGGCCAAAUUCGGGCCCCAAGGGUCCCCGUGCGAGGUGGCGCGCUUUUUCCUGAGCGCGCUGCCAGCCGGCGGCGAGUGCCAGUGGCACUAUGCCAACCCCCUGGUGCCUGGCAGCUCAUCUCCAGCUAAAAACCUCUCUGAGCCACCGGUGAACACUGCCCGGCACAGCCUGGUGCCAAACUACGAAGCGCCCGCCCCCGCGCGCAGGUUCGGCGAGGACACCGCGCCGCCGCCGCCCAGCUUCCCGAGCUGCGGCCACUACCGCGAGGAGCCCGCGCCCGGCCCGGCCAAGGCUGCCCGCCCGGCCCCGCGGGAAGGGGCGCGCCUGGCGCUGGCCCGCGCGGCGCCCGAGUGCUGCGCGCCGGCCCCCGAGCCCCCCGCGCCCGCGCAGCUGCCCUUCGUGCUGCUCAACUACCACCGCGUGCUGGCCCGGCGCGGGCCGCUGGGGGGCGCUGCGCCCGCCCCGCCCGCCCUCGCCUGCGGCCCCCACGCCCCGGAGGCGGCGGCCUCGGCGCACCGGCCCCGGCCCCCCGGCCCCGCCGCCGCCGCCGCGCCGCCCGCCGCGCCCCUGCCGCACUACCUGGGCGCCUCGGUGAUCAUCACCCACGGCAGGUGACCCGGCCGGCUCCGGCCAGGCCGCUGUGGCCCCGGUGUCCUAGCGUCCAGCUGAGGUCAGAGGGGCGAGCUGUAUAUGCACGAUUUAAAUUAAUUUAUACAGAGACGACUAUUUUACUAGCACCCCGCCGCCGGCUGUUAGAUUUUUACCGUAGAUGCCAUGAAGGCCGGCGGAGAGAGGACUGUCCCCCGCCCGAGGAGCGACUGCCCGACCGUGGUCCUCCAAGAGCCGGGUUUUCCUAAAGGGCAGAGCCCCACGAGUGACCUCAAACUACCCCGUGUUUGGGGCCACCUGGUGUCCUAUUUUGAAAUCAGGCUCGCGCGCCCUGCCUGCCUGCCCGGGAUGCGCACUGCCCGCUGUGGGAUUGGAGGAGUUUUGGCUCCGCCAGGGCCCUCCACCUGAGGGAGGAGAGCACCCUGAGGCGGUCAGAUAUGCGGGGUGGGGCUGGGGGCGGGCUGCCUGCAUUCGGAGCCCUUUCAGAUGUUUAAGUCCAGGCAGAAGGCGAUUAUCCUAAGUCCCAUGAAUAGACAAUUCUCGUUAAGAGUCAUGCAUGAGUUUCAUGAAACGUUGUUUUAACUCUUUAAUACAAAAAGCCUACAGGCUGAGACCAAGGUGGCGAGCGUGCUUCUCAAGUACAUCCACAGGCUCUUCCUUCUGAGCUCUGGGUAACACCAAGAGCAGCACCUGCAGAAUGUUAAGCAUUAAAUGCAAAAAGGAUGCACACAGCCAGAGAGUUUAGGAGAUGGACACGUGGGUGACUUAGGCGCCCAAUGCGAUUGGCUACCCUUGUCAGGCAGGGUUACAAGGCAGAACCCCUCUGGCCCUGCAAUCCCCAGGCUGUGCAUGCUGCCAGCGCUGGUGAGUUCAACUGCAUGUGCAACAUGGGACAUGGUCAGUGGACUGCGCCUCGCGGGGGGAAACGCGCUCCAGGCAUGUCAUGAAAAUGAUGUGCACAGUCUGCAGCAUUUUCUAUGCAGCAAAACGCCAGGCGAACACGUCAUGUCCGUUACAGGCCAACAGAAACCUCUCAUAAAGCACCAGCAGUGUUUUAUACUUCCAUUUUUAUAGUUUUGUUUCAAGGUUUCACCAUUUAAAAGUUGUGUCAUAGCUCGAUGCCUUGAUCCACCAUCUGUCAAUUUGCUCCACACCAUGAACACUCCGUGUUGGUUUUUCAAAAAUGGUUUACUUUCGGGAAGACCCACCUGAGGGAAGGGCUUUCCACAAAUGUCUCUAACUCAUCGUCCUAGAACCAAAGUGCACCUUCGACUGAGAAAAUGUGAAACCUGUUGCCAACCAAGUGUCACUGUGAGGACCUGCCUCCUUCCCGGGCAGCGUGUGGUCGGAGAUGAAAUUUGCAAGUUGAGGAGCACCUGUUGUUCAGCCAGGGGCUGGGUUACAAGAAUGGGCGUCCGCCCUGCCGGCCUGCACUUAGCCGUACCUCAUUAGCAAGCAGCCCUUUGCGAGUGCGUGCACAUGAAACAAACCCGAGGGGUUACUGUUAUGCUCACGAGUCUCAUAAUGAAACCGUGAUUCCCAGAAGGUGGAGGUGUGAUGAGCAGGUGUAUCACCUGACAUUUUUCAAUAGAGCACAGCAAAAUGCUUUUGCAUCUACUUUGUUACUAGCCAUUGGGGGCCACAUUUAGUAAAAAACAAACCACAAAGGUUUUCGGGGCAAGUUAAGAUCAAAGGUGACCGUGAAGAAAGAGCACUGUUGAAGAUUUACUUGACAAAGAGUGUGCAUGUACUUGAGAAGACUCCCCUGUCUAAACAUCUUACGUGAAGUAAGAUUCCUAGGCAAGUUGGCAGCAGGCAGUCAGCAGCUCGGUGCAAACUUAACAGAAGCAGUUACUAUGGCAACUUAACAGUGUUACCUCCAUGUUUGAGAGGCUGCACGUUAAGCUGGGGAUAUCACUUCUCAAUUUCUGUGAGGGCCUGGCAGGGGAAGAGGAAGCAUUUUAAUAAAUAGCCCCCCCCCCCCCCCCACACACACAAACUGUAGUGGGUCCUAACUUAAUAGAAAGGCCAGAUCGAAUGGAUUGAGAAAUAAGCCCAGCUCAAGACUGACGGGGCCUCCACAGGGCCUCCCAGGGAAAGGAAUUCCUUUAUGUUCACGGAAGCCCUUUCUAGAAAAGCCAUUCCAUUCAUACCUUUGCAGAGAAGUGAACGGGGUGGGAUGCAGGGCCACUCAGAGAUCUGCAAGAGCCUGUAUUUUCUGCCUCCACAUGUCCCCUCCUCACCCCGUCCUUUUAAAUUCUACCCACGUCUUCCUCCCUUGGACCCUCUGGUCGGGAGCGGUUUAUACGGUCAACGACUCCUGUAUAAAGUCUAUCUGAAGUUGUAAUUUAUGGUAACUGUAAGACAGUUAAGGUAGACUGCCACAGAUAAGAUGGAAUAAAGACAUUUUCAAAUAAAUGCUGGAAAAUUGCAGUAGCUUAAAAUGGUUAGUGAAUCAUAGCCCUGAUCUAAAAUGCAUUAUUCAAGCUGAUCCUAAACUUAAGUAUGAUCUAUAAGGUUAAAUCUUAAAACUGGAAAGACAGAUCAAGCAGUAAGAAAAAAUACAAGA